AUGCCGACGGUUUCAUCUGUCCUUUUCUGGCACCUUCCAAAUUUACCACUGGGAAAAUCUCAUGGUAACAUAUACACUCUGUGGUUCAGGUGGACCCCCGUGUUCAUACUGAAUGGAUAUCAAGCAGUGAAGGACGGCAUGACUACACACCCUGAAGAUGUUUCUGGGAGGACGGCAUCUCCUUUCUUCAGAGCAAUGGCCAAAGGAAAAGGUAUUAUACUAGCAAGCGGUCGCUCCUGGAAGCAGCAGAGACGCUUUAGUAUAAUGACUAGUAAUGGGGAAAAAGGCCUGGAGUAUCGACUGCAAGAGGAGGCCUCUCACCUCAUAGAGUUCUUUCUGAACCUGAAAGGAAGACCCGUGGAUCCUACUUUCCCUCUUUUCCAUUCUAUUUCAAAUGUAAUUUGUGUUCUGGUUUUCGGAUAUCACUUCUCUGAUGAGGACAAAACCGAUCAGCUGAUCAGUGCCACAGAGAAUUUAUUCAGAUUUAAAUUAAAAUUAAUCCUGCAACUGUACGAAAUCUUCCCCUGGCUGAUGUGCCGUCUCCCUGGUCCUCAUAAGAAAGCGUUGUUUUGCUAUGGUGUCCUGAGCUCUUAUGCAAGGAGAGAGAUCAGAAGACAUGUGGAGAGUGGGAUACCGGAUGAACCACAGGAUUUCAUUGACUUUUACCUGGCUGAGAUGGAGAAAUCUAAAGAUGUCAAGCCCAAGUACGACGAAGAAAAUUUGGUAUAUGUUAUAAAUGACCUUUUCCUCGGUGGAUCAGAGACCUCAAGCGAAACGUUGUACUGGGGACUGCUCUAUAUGGUAGUGAAUCCAGACAUCCAAGAAAAAGUGCAGAAGGAGAUGGAUGCCGGUUUUGGUCCUUCCCAGUUAAUCUGCUAUGAGGAUUGGAGAGAACUGCCCUACACAAAUGCUGUGGUUCAUGAGAUCCAGCGCUUCAGCAACAUUAUCUCAGUUGGCGUGCCCAGAGUGUGUGUGAGGAACACUACGUUGCUUGGCUUUCCCCUCAAAAAGGUACAGAUGCAGUUUCUCAGUUGA